CUGCUAUUCUUGCCAGUUGAUUUUCUCUGCAAUUCUCCCGGGUUAUCUCCCGUGACGGAGAAAAGGAGCUCCGGGGCGGUGGCGGCGUCCGUGUUCCGUUGCUUCGCUGGCCUGUAACCUCAAUGGUCCAAAUCAGGACUGAAGACUUGACAUCCGGACCUGACAGGACAGGAUUGUGAGCCAUCACCAUGACGACCGAGAAGGUUUUGGAAGGGGAGAUAAAGGGUGCCAUGGAGGGUGAUUCUAGGAGAACCAAUCAGGAUGAUGUCACUAAGGUGUCAGAUGACAUGGACGACAGCUCAGACAAGACGCCCAGCAAAUCCUCCAAGUCGCCCCAGAAGACGAGCAGGAGACCCAAGACUGUGCCCGUCAGAGUGACCCUGCUGGAUGGGUCAGAUUACGACUGUGGAAUGGAGAAGUUUGCCCGAGGCCAGGCCCUGCUUGACAUGGUGUGCGGCCAUCUGAACUUGCUGGAGCGGGACUACUUUGGGCUCUCCUUCUACGACACAGACAACACCAAGAAUUGGCUGGACCCUUCGAAGGAGAUCAAGAAGCAGAUACGAAUAGGCUCGUGGCACUUUGGUUUUGCAGUCAAGUUUUACCCCCCCGACCCGUCCAUACUGAUAGAAGACAUCACCAGGUAUCACCUGUGCCUGCAGCUGAGGGAUGACAUCCUGUCCGGCCGGCUGCCCUGCUCCUUUGUCACCCACGCCCUGCUGGGCUCCUACAGCGUGCAGGCUGAGCUGGGGGACUACGAGCCGGACGAGCACGGCCCCGACUACGUCAACGACUUCUGCUUCGCCCCCAAUCAGACCCGCGAGCUGGAGGAGAGGGUGGUGGAGCUGCAUCGUCAACACAGGGGCAUGAGCCCGGCUGAGGCUGAGGUGAACUUCCUGGAAAAUGCCAAGAAGCUGUCGAUGUACGGAGUGGACCUCCAUCAUGCCAAGGAUUCGGAGGGCAUCGACAUCAUGCUGGGCGUGAGCGCCAACGGGCUGCUGGUGUACCGCGACCGCCUGCGGAUCAACCGCUUCGCCUGGCCCAAGAUCCUGAAGAUCUCCUACAAGAGGAGCAACUUCUACAUCAAGAUCCGACCAGGAGAGUAUGAACAGUUUGAGAGCACCAUUGGCUUCAAGCUCCCCAACCACCGUGCUUCUAAACGCCUGUGGAAGGUCUGCAUAGAGCACCAUACCUUCUUCAGGCUGGUUUCCCCUGAGCCUCCUCCCAAAGGCUUCCUGGUGAUUGGCUCCAAGUUCCGCUACAGUGGGCGGACCCAGGCCCAGACCCGCCAGGCCAGCGUGCUGAUCGACCGGCCCGCCCCCCAGUUUGAACGCUCGGUCAGCAAGAGGCACCUGCUGCCUCGCAGCGUGGACGGAGCUUCCGCUCUUGGAGACAGCAUGGACCACCUGUCCCAGCGCAGCUCCAGCGAGCGCACACAGUUCCUGUCCCGAGAAGACCUGGACCAGGAGGGCAGCCUGGACCUGGAGCACGACCACUACCAGGACCAGGACCAGGACCAGGACCAGGACCAGGACCAGGACCAGGACCAGGACCAGGACCAGGACCAGGGUCAGGGUCAGGGUCAGGGUCAGGGUCAGGGUGAUGAGGCCUAUGGUGUUGCCAUGCCUUCUAAGACCAUGGAGAUGAAGGUACAGUACGAGAAUAGAGCGUUCCUGGACAAGCCGGAGGACGUUCUCCAGAAGCACCAGGCCAGCAUCAACGAGCUGAAGAGGGCUCUGAGGGAGCCCAACAGCAAGCUGUCCCAGAGGGAGAAACGCCUGUCCUCGGCUACCCCUCCUGGAGGAACACCGGAGAGGAAACUGGAGACUCCUCCCACACCUGCAAUUCAUGAGGAGCCUCUGGAUGAAGCUAUGAGGGAGCCGUGGGAGCGACGCCUGGGCUCCGUGUCGGAGGACGACCCCGACCACGAGACCCUGUACCUGAAGGAAACCCACCUGGGCAUCGAGCGCAAGUGCUCCAGCAUCACAGUCAGCUCCACGUCCAGCCUGGAGGCGGAGGUGGACUUCACCGUGCUCAUGGACCUGCACACGGGGAUGGAGGAGUUCUCCAAGGGCAUGACGGAGCUAGGAGGGAGGGACACGUCCCCGGACGGCGGCCUCAGCCUGGGCAUCGACCUGCUGCAGGAGCCCUGCGAGCCCCCGCUGGUGGCGGUCCCCAUCCCGGCCCCCCGGAGCAGCCCCCCCAUGAAGAAGCCCCACCCCGGGGAGGAGGUCAGGCACGAGGGCAAGCGGCCGGAGCCUGUAGUUCCCAGAAAACCAAAGAGGUCGGUGCCUGUCGACAGAGAGCCCUCGCUGAGAGACGGUGGUCACAUGACCCCGGGCCUGGCCCUGAGCCGGGAGGCCAGCGACGUCAUGGCGCCCCACGGGCCCAGGAAGACAGACGUCCGCACGGAGACGCAGCCCAACGGCUCCGAGGUCACCACGACCAUCGUGGAGUUCACCAACCAGGAUCAGUGUGUGACUGGACUAGGAGAGGGGCCCUACCUGACGAGAGACAGUGUGUCCCCUGUGCACAUGGGUUCUUUGGGAAGAGAAGCUUCCGGAUCUCCCAUACUGGUCGCUGAGAACGUUACCUCGGCAACCACACACGUUACCAAGACCGUGAAAGGGGGCUAUUCAGAGACCAGGAUUGAGAAGAGGAUUAUAAUCACAGGAGACGAUGAUGUUGAUCAAGAACAGGCCCUGGCUAUUGCCAUCCAGGAGGCCAAGCAACAGCAUCCUGACAUGCUGGUCACCAAGGCAGUGGUCGUCAGGGAAACGGAGUCCUCGACGGAAUCUCCGCGAGGCGUGUCAGAGUCAUGAUUCCCAGAGACAACAGCGCCCCCCUCAGGACCAGACAUGUCAGUGCUGGACCUGAGGCUACAGUCCUACACACCUGACUACUGCCUUUUGAGCUCUGAUACACACACACACACACACACAUUCACAGACCCACACUCAUACAGACUGACAGACACGCAUACACUCCACACUAAUUCCAUCACACUGGAAAACUCAAAUAAGCCAAUAUUGUUCCCGGAUGUAUCUACCCCAGAAGCAACAUGACUCAUUAAAAGAAAAAAAUCCCUUUAUUGGUUAACCUUUCCCUUGCUUUAUGCAUUAUCUGGCAGUGAAUGGGUUAAUCACAGACUGCAGUGGCUCGAUGGACAUUUCAGUAAGAAUAUUAGAAGGAGGAGGAGAGGGGGGUUAAAUACAAAAUAUAAUUUGAGCUAAAAGAAACUACAAUAUUGUUUAACAUGUUAAAAAAAGAAAAGAAAAUAGGAUUAACCUGGAUUCCAGAUAACUUUAUCUACAAGUAUUCCCCCUUUAGAACCUUCUAGAGACGUAAACCUACAGUGAGCAGUGUGUUCCCGCAGUGUUACCUUACCUGGUGUGGAUGAGGAUGAUCCACACCCAGGACUGGAGUAGUGAAGGCGGUGAAGCAGGGUUAUCAAAGAUGGAGUCGCACUUGGAGAUUUUCUACUCUCUAAACUGGCUAUGUAAAGAGCAGCCCCACCACGCCCUCCUCCUUCCCUUCUCUCUUCCCCCUUAUCCCCUCUUCCCCUUUGGCCCUCUUCCUCCUCCCUCUCUCCCUCUCCUCAGUCCUCCCUUUCAAUGUUCCCUCCAAAAAGUUUUUGCACUGAGCAAAUAUAAAUCUGUCUAAGCGCAAACCUCAGUACUCUGAGCAAAGUUUGCAGAGAACCCCGCUAGCUUCUUCUUAGAUAAAUAUAUCAGAAAGCUUCACCAUCGCUUGUGACCGUUUGAAGGAUUUCAUCCAGCCAUUCAUGUUGAAAUGUAAAACUGCCCCGUUUUUUGGGGCGCCUGUAAAGGUAACGUUUCCUGAUGUUCGUUACUAGUCAAAGGCUUGAGCUGAGCCCCACGGUUGUUGUUCUGUUAAAAGCUUGCGUGUAGCCUAGAGUGACAUUGAAAUGCAUGAAGUGGACUUCGCCGCAUUUGGCCGAUCAACUGAACAUUUAUAGUUUUUCUAAAAUAAUCCUUAAAAAAAUACAGAUUUUAUUUUGUGCGCGGUCUGAAAAAUCGAGUGCGCGGGUCCUUCAACUGGUCUGCGCGGCCGCGGACGCAUGCAGCUUAGAGGGAACAUUGCUCCCUUCCCCCCUCUUUCCCCUACUCCACUCCUCCCCUCCUCCCUCCCCCUCGCCCCCCCCGCGUCUGACAGUGACUGGUAAACUGUCCGAGGGAGGUCCAGAGGAUGCGUGAGCACCUGCCUGCGACGCUGAGGUCGCUGGGACGGACGCCUGGCGGGUUCCGGAGCGCCAGAUGGGCCGAGGCGAAGGCGUGACACGGCAGGUCACACGCCAAGGUCGGCGCCGAACUCUUCUCUCCGUCAGCCCCGCAACUUCCUGCUCACGUGCACGUCUUGUUGCAAGGCUGAUGUGGGUUACAUUCAAAGAACUGUCACCUAUUAUAUUGUUAACCCCCCCCCCACACACACACACACUCAAACACACAUACAUACACACAACCAAACUAACUACCAACUGUAUGGUGGAAUCUCAGCAGUUACUACCCUGGACAAGUAGAUUAUAGAUGUUACUGUAUUCUUAUGGAUUGUUUUCAUAUUGCAGAUGUUGUAGGUGUGAGAAAGUGGAUUUCUGUGAAUGGAGUGGUCAUCGCAUGGCCACUGGUAGAUAACAGAUAUUAUGUGCCAGGUGUGUUUUCAUAAAGUGGUGAAUGUGUGACUACUGAGCAUGUCUGCUCCUUGGUCCAGACAGGCACCUGAGAUGCAGAGCAUUCAGCUGGAACACAAGUUUGUAGGCCACCGAUUUAUCAAGUUCAAAUAACGUAGAUUUAGAAAGAACUUAGCCAAAUAGGCUCCCAUUGACACAAAGUAUUUUAGAAAUAUCCUUGCAUGACGAAUACUUACAUUAUGAAAUUGAAUUGCAUUAUUUGAUAAGAUAGUAGGAAAAUUGUUUUCUUCUAGGUAACCCCAGUUGUAAUGCGUAGAGCAGAACAUCCAGAAUGCUGUACAGAGGAUUGUUUUGCCUCCAUCUGCAGUAGAUAGGUUUGGUAUGUGGAUGAAAUGUUAAAAUAUUAUGUUAUCCUCACCCUUGAAUUUAGCAACGUCAGAUCUCAAAUCUGCACUGUAAUCUUUGAAUCUGCGCACAGGAAAUUGAUCUCUACAACAGGAAAUUACACAUAUCAGCGAACGGCGGCAUUUGCAGUUCAGAAAUCGAAAAAGAUUGAUGACUACACUCAGUCCUUAUGUGAAAGGGAUAUUGCUAAUCAUCUUUAUUUCUUUUUUUUUACCAAACAAAAAAAAACAGACAUGGGACUGUAGCCUUUUGUCUCUAGAAUGCUGUUGGUACCCACCUACAAACCAGUGCUGCAGUGCAUCUUCAACUAAAACUGCAAACUCUUUACUUGAAGGAGCACUGGUCAAGUUCAUGAGAACAUCUAUAUGCAUGAAGGGCGACAGCAAAUUAUCUUUCUGUGCUGGUAUUUAAAGUGAGGAUAGAGAAUGUGUGUUUGCCGUUGUAAGUGAUCCAGAUAGUUCCUGGGCAUCUUUUGAAUGAAUUUAUCCUCCUUUAAGGAAAGUGUUACAAGUGAUAAGAAUCGGAAUCUUUCAUUUAUUUUCAGUGUUUGUUGGUGUGUGUGUGGUUGUACUGUUAGAAGGAGACCAUGGACCUUGUUUACUAUGACGUGUGGUGUGCCAAUGUAUGGUAGUAGUAAAACUAACAUUUUUGUAUGAAGAACUGCUUCCGACAGCUUUAUUAUCAAGGAUUUACUAUCCAUGAACGAUGAGCCAGAAAUCUGACCAGGCUCCCAUCUGGAACACAGUGGAAGGAAAAACCUUUACGGAAUUUAGGAGAAAGUUUGGAUAGCAGUACAACAAAUCCACUGUGUGUUCUGUUGGCUACCAGACACGAGUGUGUGUUACUAUAGUUACCGUGGCACCAAAUGCAAGCGUGUGGGGCCUUCUAAAUGUAUCUGUCUCCAAGGACAACCAUGUGGUGUUUUUAUAUUUCAGUUACAACGUCUCUUUCAAUGACAGUUGUUGAUGCCAGGGUUUAAUGUAUAGUAGGGGGUGACAAAACAACAACAACCUAUAUCCACAGGCUUGGUGAGGAAGUGCCAUCUGUUGAUUAUACUGAUGUACACCAGGGGGCACCCUUUCCCCAAAUCGGAAGCUGUUGGUGCAAUCUCCUCUGGUAAGAGGUUUGCCUAUGAAAAUGUCAGCAAACUAAGUCCUUACCUUAAGUCUUCAUCACGAGGGAUAAAAACACAUUGACCUUGAACUCUGUGGUAACCUCCUCCACCUCCCCUUCCUCCUCCUCCCCCUCCCCCACCUCCUCCUAGAAGGAGCAGUCCACUCCUGGACGCCUGACAAGUAAUCAAACAGACCCUGAUUAAGAGACACUCAGCCAACGCUCUGUGCCAAACUCUGAUUGGACGACCUCUGGCUGACCCCACCUCACCCCCCAACUCUUGCUCUUCCUGUAUAGCCCUGCCCCUUCCUCACUUCAGUUCUCCUGUCUUUUGCUCUGUGCUGCUUCCCAUCGCUAGGUGACGUGUCUUUGCUGUACAGUGUACCUGCAUUACUUCUAAAUGAAUAAACAAAAUUGAAGGAAACAAGA